AUGGUCGGGCGCGGAAGUUGUUCGACGAUAUGCCUGAAUGAGAAAUUUCGUAGACAAAACAAGGAUUAUAGGUUUCGAAUUGUCAGAAUCUCCGGAAAAUCUGAUAUGAUUAAUUCACGAACGGGUGGCUUCUUCGAGCGUUCUAUCUCUUUCGUUCUCUUGCUCUGGUGCUUCAUCUUCCUCGUAUACUCCAAGCUUGGCCUUAGCCAUAAUUCUGGAGAUAGAAUUGGUAAUUACACUGAUGAAUCAGUGUCGAAGAUCCUAAAUUCAACGAGUUCGGGAGAUUCUUCUUCUGUCUUCCCUCAAGCUACUGGGAAAGAGAACAAUUAUUGUCUACUGAGAAACAGUCAGUUACAAGAUGUGUAUGAGCAUGUUCUUGGGAACAAUGCUUUGUUGAUCUGCAAAAUUGUAGUACCAGAAAGAAGAAAAAGCAAGACCUUGGAAGCGCGUGAUCCGAUAUAUGUCAAUCUUGAAGACAAAGGUCUCAAAGUAAAUGGCUCGGGCGUGCCAUUACAGCUUGUGAAUGUGACUCAUUAUAGGUUAGAACCGGACGGAACUGGGUAUAACUACGCUUCUGCUAUGAAGGGCGCAAAAGUAGUGGAUCACAACAAGGAAGCAAAAGGAGCUAGCAAUGUGCUUGGGAAAGAUCAUGAUAAGUAUCUAAGGAACCCGUGUUCAGUGUCAAAUAAGUAUGUCAUGAUUGAACUUGCGGAGGAGACGCUGGUUGACACGGUGAGGAUUGCGAAUUUUGAGCAUUACUCUUCAAAUCUCAAAGAGUUUAGCUUGUCAGGGAGCCUGAGUUACCCGACCGAGAUAUGGAAUCAUGCUGGGAGCUUCGUGGCUGCAAACGUUAAGCAGAUUCAGACAUUCCGUCUCUCGGAACCUAAAUGGUUGAGAUAUCUUAAACUGAAUUUAAUUAGUCACUACGGGUCUGAGUUUUAUUGUACUCUGAGUGUUGUGGAGGUCUUUGGCAUUGAUGCUCUAGAGCAAAUGCUUGAAGAUCUAUUUGUUGCAUCAGAGAGUCUUCCCAGUAAACCAGCUAUGCUGGAACUCAAUCAGGAAGUAAAAACCGUUGAUGAAAAACAAGACAGAGAAGUGAAAAACAAUGGGACAGAUCAGAUUGGCAAGGAAACUGAAGCUCCGAAGAAGAAAGAUGAUGUUGUUAAGACAAUUAAUAGCAUUGGAGACAAGAAAUAUGGAGUUAGGGAGAAGCAUAACGUAUGGAAAGUGUUGAUGCAGAAAGUGAAAUCGAUUGAGAUGAAUUUAUCGGUUCUUGAGGACUCUGUAAAGGAAAUGAACGAGAAGCAACCAGAAGUUAGCUUGGAGAUGAAUAGAACCCUGAUGCUUGUGGAGAAAAGCAAAGCUGAAAUCAAAGAGAUCACAGAAUGGAAAGGGAAAAUGGAAAAGGAACUUAGAGACCUAGAGCUCUGGAAAACUCUAGUAGUUUCUCGUGUAGAAUCAUUGGCCAGAGGGAACAAUGCAUUGAGAUUGGAUGUAGAGAAGAUAGAGAGAGAGCAAGCAAAUCUAGAGAGCAUAGAGGUCGGAGUUCUGUUGAUAAGUCUCUUUUUUGUGGUCUUAGCAACGAUUCGGUUAGUCUCAACGCGACUCUGGGCGUUUCUUGGGAUGUCUUUUACAGAUAAAAUACGAUCAUUGUGGCUGGAUAGCGGCUGGGAAGAUAGGCUUAGGGCUUCUCAACAGUACCUUGCUAUUCAAGUUUUGAAGCCCAAGGAUUAG